CUCAAUUUCAAGCUUAAAUUUGCUAAAAAUGCCUACUAUUCCUACUUGCGUACGCGAAAUUAUUGGUUCUCUGAUUCUUGGCGUAGUCCAGUCGCAGAUAUUCAAUCGACAAAUGCCAACGCCGCUGGCAUCAGUUUGCUUGUCUGGUUCCAUAUCUUUAAUUUAUUACUAUUACAGGAACAGAAACAACGCCAUGCGGAGGCGUUCUUCUCCCUCAAACAGCCGAAGAACGAUUAUUCAUAGGAGUAGAUCCAGGGGUCGCCGCAUCAGAACUGCCCCAACAAGACGAAGCUGCGAAAAUAUCAGGCCGAGGAUGAAUUUUGAUAGACCACUUCCUAUAAAUUUUAGAAGACACUCGGUAUAGACGAUUCAAGCCAUUUUUUCGAAAAAUGUUAAUAUAAUAUGGUUAGGUAUUUUGUUUUGAUGUAAAUUAAUUUAUGUACGUAUUCUGUCUUACGUAUCAUAUAAUUACUAAUCAGUUAUUUCUGAGAGCUACUAGCUG